CUCGCGACACAUAAACGCAAAAAAAACCCCACCGUUUUAAAACGUGCAGUAGCUUCAUAAGUACCCAAAUAGACACACGUGGAUUUAUUCAGUUACCUGGGCCAAGAUUUUUCCCGCAAAACACAAUUUCAAUCAGUUGAUUCAUAAAAAUCAAUUAAAACGAUCAAAACGUGGGACUUCUGUGAUAAUAAUAUAAUAAAAUGAGGGAUUUUAAUGUUGUGAUGCUGGAAGGAUGCCUUGUUUCUACUUCAGCUAUGGAUCUGUUUUUAUUAUUUAGUUUUCCCACGCCUUAUUGGGGGGUAUUUCCAAUCUGCCAAUACUUUCAGAUGACUCAAACCACCUGACUGCUUUCCACAUCAGCCACAUUUCGCUUAAGACCACAUAUAAAUGUUAGCAUGCAAAAAUAAAUUACAAAGAAAAAAAAAAAAAAAAAAAAAAAGAAAAAAGAAAAAAUUCACUCAAAAAAAUCUCACAGCGUGUUGGAUUUGCAUAACAACCGUGCGGCUGACUCUGUUCCUUUCACAUCACUUAGGAAAGGCGGGUCCGAGCUGCAGGGGCGGACCGUUCAGGACGCGGGGAGGAAAAACAAGCCCAGUGAGUGGCUGCGAUGCAAAGAGGGAUACUCGGCUCAUCACCACAGUCAGUUGGAAACACGGGAACAGCAAGUUGUCAAGAUACCACCGAUCACAACGGAAAACGCGUUUUCUGGCGGGAGUUUACCGCUGAGGCGUCGGAUGGAUGAUGAGGAGGAGGACAUGUCACGGCCCAUCUCGCAGCUCUGGGGAACGUCCUUUAGGGAGGUCAAGUACGAAGAGCGAGCCGCACAGAUCGCAGCCGGACAAGCGCUGGCCGCCGUCACUGCGGCCGUGUCCUCGCCGCGGAGCCACAACAACAACAGCAUCGACGCGCUGCCCUGCAGCUUCCACCGGCAGCCUCGCGUACCUUUCCACGGCAACGCUGGAUUGCGCUCACAUUUUCCCGCUCAGUUUGAGCCCAUGGAGGACCGGGGAGAGAGGCAAGUUGAAGACGAGGAGGAGGAGGAGGAGGAGGAGGAGCAGCGGCAGCAGCAGCAGCAGCAGCAGGGCAGGGGGGAAGAAAAUGACAGGAUGGCAGCAGAGAGGCCCGAGGAGCAGGCGGGGCUGAGCGUUGAGGCGCAAAUUGGUCGUAAACUUCGGGAGAUUGGAGACAAGUUCCACCAGGAUCACGUUGAACUGUUUUUGAGGCAUCAGAGACAAAACCUGCCUAUCUGGAUGCGCCUUACCAAUGCCCUGUUUGGCUUUUUUUUUCCCGAACGAGGCUCUGUUCCCGCGCCUGAGAGGGGAGCAGAGAUGAGAGGAGCCGCCGGCCUUCGCCCUCGUUUUCCGAACGGGAAACAAAACAAAAACAAAAACAAAAAAAGACACAGGACUUGAAGAGAUGGCACUGUAAGAUGAUGGAACACGGGUUUGGAUUUUGUUUUUCUAAUUGAUGAUUAUGAAGACGAGAUGAAGAAGACACUGGUCACCGCUGGACGGAGACAGAUUGCAGGAUUUUUUUUUUUUGUUGUUGUUCUUUCUUCUUCUUCUUCUUCGUUUUUGUUACUUUCUUUUUUUUUUUGCCUCUCCAAAAAGAAGCCAUUGUGUUUGAAGAGAUAUUUUGGAAAUAUUUGUAAGAUUACCUAUUUUGUACAGUAAACUGCUCUUUUUAUUUGCUUUUUUUCCAAGUCUUGAAGGACCUCCAUCAGUCCAGGGAAUGCCUUAUUCUCUCCUUCCACAGUUCGCACUCUUUUGCAUCGAGAAAUUCCUACGAAAGCGAUCGAUUUUUUUUGUAAGAUCAGGCCACACUUUCUUUGGCGAGAGACUGUGGACGUGGACAAUUCUGUGCUGAAGUUACUGAUUUGAAAAACCUUGAGGACCCGAGGCACAUUUCUAAUCUGUUUUUCCCAAAAAAAGACAAACAAGCCCUGUACUCAUCCUUCACUGCUCCACACUGGCUCAUCUGAAAACGGCUGUAGUGACAUUGCGGCGGUGUAACGCACACUGUUGGUCAGUUUGUUCCGGCUUCCACUAAAGACCCAGGGAUGUCAUGUCGACCUGUGUCGUCGUCGUCGUCGUCGUCGUCGUCGUCCACCGGCGCCUCCGUCUCCAGUAUUAACUCGUGUUGUUAGAGGCGACCUGACGACCCACUGUGUAGAUUCAGACACUGUUGAUGUGAAAACCCACGCAUACUUGAAUACAAGAAGCUUCACAUUUCCGUGCAUCGACGAGAUCCGACGUUGUGAUUUACGGUUUCAGUUAACAGUCGUGUCUUUGUUGGACUGUGCGCUUGCUGUUUUUCAAAAAAAAAAAAAGAAAAAGAAAAAAUCUGCAUUUGCUCUGAAGCCAAUUAAGCACAAACAAAGCCGAACAAAUCUCACUGGUGGGAUUACGAUCAGGGAACCGGAAACAAUCAAGACAGCUGGAAAUCUCUGGAUAAAUGGCUUCAUUUUCCAAAGAUUCUCAGUUUCAUUCCUGUGGCUGGAUUGACAAUCGCAAUGUUGCCCUUUGCUGCAUCGUGGGUCGCCUGUGGGGGAGAUGACAUUUAUCAGGGGGCGAGCAAUAUUCAAGCCAGUGGAAGGAGUGACAGCUGUAUUUGACAUCCUCUGUAUCCUCAAUGAAAUACACCUCCUCCUCGUCGCAGAAAUCAUUUUGGGGUCACGUUGAAGAGAUGCAUUUUUAUUUUAUUUCACUCCAGAUGUAAAUGUCUAAAACGCCGAUUCAGGCCUGAUGUAAUAAUCGUAUAAGACAUGUCGAACAGCCAGUAGUGCAUUCAGCUUCACUAAGUAAGGAAAGCUUCUGUACAGUACAUUUUUAUUGACACGUAGACACACGCGGACGUCGGAGAAGGCCUCCGCGUGUCGCCAUGGCUACAUUAAUGCAACAACACAGCCACCGUUCCUUUAAUGUAAAGUCUGGAAGGACUUUGAAUAUGACGUUGGGAAAUCCUCAUUUCAUGUAUUUUUCACGGUCUGUUGUAGAUUCCUGAUAUGAACUUUUUGAAGACACUGAUGGGUUUUUUUUUUUUUCCUUUGUUUUCUUCAGGGAGUAGUUAAUAGCCACAUGAAUUAUCUGACAUUUACUCACGAGCUGCGUUUGCUUAAGGUCUGCCUGUGUGUAAAGCCGCAAAGCAGCAUCUUAUUGUCCUUCAUUGAUGCAGCAGAGUAAGCAAAGAUCUUUUGGCAAACUCUUUCCACUCAACCUUAGCGAGAAAAUGUGUUCUUUUCUGUGUUUGUUUUUUUUUUUUUCCUUUUUAAAUACAGUCGUAGGUAAACCAAAAGUUUGUUUCCUGCAAACACUGAACGCUGAGCCAAUUCAGAUAGUGGUUUCUUUUUUCAGCCCGCAGCUUCAGACGCCGGCCGGCUUUUCGUGAAGCGCCGGGUCGAACUGCUCCCUGUCCUUAAUGAGAACAAGUUUCCUUUUGGUUUUUGGUUUCGUUGAGGUAAUUUAUUCUAAUUUAUUCCGUGUAUAUUUGCUCAGUGCUACUGUAUAAAUGCUAUCUCAGUGUGUACAGUCCUUUUCUUCUCGUUGUCGAGGUGCAUUCAGUUGCGCGUUUGGUGCCUGUGUGUGGGGAGGUUGGACUAAAGCCAUGUGCCUCGUGCGUUUUUGUUUUUAUUAUUAUUAUUAUUUCCACACGGAUGGUUUGAGUCUCUGCAAACCACGUGGAAACCAGACAAUCAAAUGUACGAAAUGUGCCUUGUGAGUAACAGACCUGACCUGCGUCAUCCAUCGCUGACACUUGGCAUAAACGACCCGAAGUCACUGGUCACAGCUAUCGUUUCACCUGGGCUCUGUGAGAUCAACUUCCAAAAAAUGGGGAAAAAAAAAAAAAAAAGCAAACAUACACACAAAUCAGUUUGACUCCUCACGAGGCACAGGCUCAACCUUUGACAUUU